AUGGCAGCCAUUUCAUCUUCUACCUCUUAUCUAGAAAUCGCCGCUCAAAAGCGCGCCCGUCAACUCGAGUUAAUCCCUGCCGAGUGGCGCUUAUCCCCGAUUCCCUCGGUAGACUCAACACCCGACGCCUUGACCUACAUUCGAAAGAUCCUGACUCCAACCGAGCUCGCUCUAACCGAGGAAACUGAUAUCACGGUUUUACUGCGCAAGCUUUCAUCCGGAGAGCUCUCGUCGUUGGAACUAACACAAGCCUUCGCUAAGCGCGCAGCACUAGCGCACCAACUCACAACAUGUUGUACUGAGAUUUUCUUCGAAGAGGCAUUCGCUACUGCGAAAGAGAUGGAUGAGUGCCUUGCGAAGACGGGUGAAACCACUGGCCCAUUGCAUGGUCUUCCUGUCUCUAUCAAGGAUUUAUUUUCGGUCAAGGGGUUUGAUACCUCGGUUGGAUGGGUUGGUCUCAGUAAUGACCCAGUUCAAGCGGAUAAAUCCGUCGCUAGGACCCUUCGCCGACUAGGAGCAGUGCUCUAUGUGAAGACCAAUCUUCCACAAUCGAUGAUGAUGUCUGAUUCAUAUAAUCAUCUCUUCGGUCAGUGCGUCAACCCUCUCAAUCGGAAUCUGAUCUCUGGUGGGAGUUCCGGUGGUGAGGGCUCGAUUAUCGCUGCUAAGGGUAGCCCCCUUGGUAUCGGAACUGAUCUCGGUGGAUCGAUUCGAAUUCCUGCAGGAUUGUGCGGAAUUUAUGGACUUUCGCCCAGUCCAGGACGACACCCUUAUGAGCGAGGAAAUCCUGGCCAAGAUAUUGUUCGCUCGGUAGCAGGACCCAUGAGUUGUAGCCUUGCGAGUAUUGAACGAUACAUGGAGGCUUUGCCUUGUGCUUCACCAUGGGAGCUCGAUCAGCAUGUUGCACCUGUGCUAUGGCGGAGUAGUCUUGCCUCAUUCCGUGGCAAACGUCUUCGGAUCGGGUAUUUGGUUGAUGAUGGAGUUGUGAGAUGCCAACCUCCUGCUGAGAGAGCCGUGAGGGAUGUCAUCGGUGCCUUGAAAGCCGCUGGUCAUGAAGUUUUUGAAUGGGACGCCUCCUCUCAUAAAUACGCAUAUGAGCUGUGGGAAAAGGCGAUUCUAUCUGAUGGUGGUGAAGGGUGUCGGAGAAAGACUGAGAUGACCGGUGAGCCUCUAAUUGAGGGUAUGCUUGUUGGAAAAGAGAAAGAUACCUUGACUACGUCGGAGACUCAUCAGUUGAACGCGGAUAAGUACUUAUACGAGAGUGGUUAUCUUGAACGUUGGAUGUCCUCUGGCAUUGACGCAUUGAUCAUGCCAAAUACACCUUGGGUAGGAUAUAAGCCCUGGACUUGGGUUAAGUCCAAUAAUUACGUCGGAUAUACCAGCAUCUGGAAUCUAGUUGGAUAUGCCUCCUUGACCAUCCCUGCGAUCAGUGUUUCUAAAGAUAAGGACAUGCCAGAUCAGGACUGGCUUGAUCAUGUUCCUCGAAAUGCUGGUGACAAGUUUAAUAAGGAGCAAUAUGACAUUAACUUGGUGGAUGGCAUGCCAGUCGGUGUACAGGUUAUUGGUGGAAGAUUUGGAGAAGAGAAGUGCGUCGCUGUAGCGAAGGCCAUUGCACAAGCGAUGAGAUGGAAGGAUAGUAACAUUUAUUCAAAGUUGUAA